AUGGUUGAUAAGGGAAAGUUCCAUAUGAAAACAAUAUAUUUGAUGUUACUGGUGCAUGAGCAGAAAGUUAGUUGGAGGAAACUCCUCUACCACAUUGUGGCUAGACCGCGAGCUCUCAUCACACUUUGGCUUGUUUGCCAUGAAAGGCUAGCAACAAGGGGCAGGCUCCAUCAUCUUGGAAUGGUUGAUAAGAAGGAAUGUAAUUUCUGUGCAAAGGAGGAAACAGUACAACACCUGUUCUUUGAGUGCGACAAAUUGAAAACAAUUUGGAGAAAUAUCCUCAAGUGGAUCCAAGUGGUGCAUGAACCCGGAGGAUGGGAAUCUGAGAUAAAGUGGUUGAUUCCUUAUUGUAAAGGAAAGGGAAAGAAAUCUGAUAUCAUGAAGCUGGCUAUUGCGGAAACAGUAUACAAAAUAUGGCACUACCGGAAUGAGGUGAGCUUUGGUCAGAGUGUGAAUAAUACGAACAUCGAAGAUCGAAUCAUCAAUACUAUAAUUUAUAGAGCCUGA